AUGUCGGCAAUGUCAAUAAAAGUUGAUAGUAGAUAUAUAAUAAAGAAAAAAGAAAAUAAUAAUAAUCAAUGUGAACAAUUAAAUGUGGAUAUAAAUCAUAUAAUAAAAGAUAUAUAUGGUUUUAAUUAUAAUAAAAAAAGAAGUGCCCAUUUUAUUAGUGAUAAUACAAUAAAUAACAGUUACGAUAUAAAAAAUUUAUAUAAAAAAAUAAAAAUUCAAGAUUACAAUAAUAUAAUAAAAACCGAAUUUCAUGAUAAUAAAUCGGAAUAUGAUGGUCACAUUUCUACGAUUUUCGACAUUCAUGAAGAAAAUAAAAAUUGCAUAAAUGGCGACAAUAAUGACAGCAAUAAUAUAAAUGAUAAUAGUGAAAGCAAUAGUAUAAGUAGCGAUAAUAAUUAUAGUUAUUCAAAUUUUAAUCCAAACAGAAAAAGUACAAAAAAUAGUCGUGAUAAUAAUAUUGAUAAUAUUGAUAAAAAAAAGAGGAUGUGUAGCAAUUAUACACACAAUGUUGUAAACGAAGAAAUUGAAAAUAAUUUAUCAAAAAAAUUUGAAAUACUUAUUGAUAAUGUAUUAGAAAAAAUAUCAACUUGUAGUGAAAUAAGUCAGGCCAAAAAAAUUAUGAUCCCUAUGAUUAGUAGCUUUAUACAGAAUAAUUUUGAUUCUAACAAUAAUUCUGAAGAAAAUAAUAAAAUAAAUAAAAUUGAAAAUAAUAUUUUGCAAAAAGAAAAAAAAGUUUUAAUAAAUGCAGUUAAAACACAAUAUCAAAAAAUUAUAAAUUUACAAAAAGUUGUUGAUAAUCAAAAAAUCGAAUUAAAAAAAAAAAAUGAUGAAUUAAAUAAAAUAAAAGCUAAAGUCCAUGAAUAUUUUUAUGAUUUAAAUAAUCCAAAUAAAAGAGUUUUCAACAUUUUACCUCCAGAUGUCUAUUAA